CGAUAAGUUAUCGAGGCCAAUCGACUGCCGCCCACCACUAGCUCUCCGCGAACGUUGUUUCUCUCACCACACUUCGGUGCAAAGUGUAUUUAAGUGGCCAGGCGGUCGGUGCUCGAGAACACACGCGUUUCACCCACCUGAGAGGGCUGCAGUUGUCUUGACGGGCGCGGAAGUAACAGAUACCAAAUAAGGAGAACACUUGUCACCAUGAUACCGACCAUAACGAAGAAGUACCAGACAGUGGUGAUUAGCACGGGCAACAUCAUCACCACCGAACUUGGACAGCGCAAAUCGAACGAGGAGCUGUACGACGGCCUGAAGAUAACGCUCCACUCCGACCCGAAUGCGGAGCGCGUGGUGGUGGAGAAGGAGAUCGACCAACUGCACGGCCGUGUGCAGCGGGCCACCCAGGAGCUGACCACCCGCCUGACGGAGAAUGGCCGCAAUGAAAUCAGUAUCGGUGCCAAGAUAUUCCUAAAUCGUCACUCCACAGAGUGCGUGAAUCAGGCGGUGGAGGCGCUGCUCAGCAUACUCAGUGUGACGCACGUGGACAAUGUGGUGUUGGCCUACCACCCGAAUGCGGUUGCCAACGCAACGCCGGUGGCCACAACCAAAUCGCCCUGUUCCGAGGGCUCCACCGUCAGCAGAGCUGCAAAUUGGAGUCAGCGUAACGGAAAGGAAGGAGUAGCAGAGCUAAAGGAACUGUACCAAACACUGGAGCAGUAUGCCCUCAAGCAGCAGAUCACUCAGCUGGGCAUUGCCGAUUUGGAUGCGGCAGCGCUGGAGGAGCUGCACAAGAGCGCCCAGGUGGCGCCCACAAUUGCCCAGGUCAACCUGUCCACGUGCUGCGUGGUGCCAGCAGAGCUGCAGGAGUUCUGCACCGCUCACGACAUCCAGCUGAACACGCACAGCGAUCCCGAGCUCCUGCUGCCCGCGGAGCAGUUCGACGGACUGGCCCCUGGCUACACAAUUGACUGGUCGCUGCGCUAUCAGGUGCAUGUCCGCUGCCGGGGCGUUCUCACCGCCAAGGGAUACAUUGUGGGCGCGUCAAGGUCGAGCGAUUAGUUUUUAGUAACUCCCACAUACAGAUGCUAGGCUAUAGUUUUAAUAUUUGUAAUGUAUGCUGUGUACAGUGGUGUACUUAUUGUUUGUUAUACAAAACCCCAAUUGAGGAUUCGGAGCCGAUCGAUUCACUUUACUGUAAACGAUUUUUAAAUACUUAUUCUGAACAUAAAGCGUUUCAAAAACGACAAUUGGCAAAUUGGCUAUUGUGUGUCACUGGCUUCCAUCUGCUGGGGGUCAGCGAUUCGAGCCCCAACCGGUUUGAAUGCCUCGGUUACAAAUUAAGUAUACGUCCAGCUGGUGUAAUUUAUAUGCUCUGGUCGCAGACGAGCACUUGGCGAUUUCCUUGUACUGGCUUGUUAUUUGCCCCACUAAUCGCUGUCUAGGCCUCCGCUUCUGGUGGACUCAAAUCUAAUUAAAGGCAGACGCGUCUCGCCCGACGACCCAUCCAGAUCACGUGGCUGACCCGCUCGCCUGUCGAUACAACAAAAAUGAAAUAAAUAUAAAAAAACAAAAAAGAAAAAAGAAAAAAAGCCCCGCAGUUGAUUAGAAUAUUGUAUACAAUGGCAGAUAUAUUAAAUAUAUAACCGGUGAUUUAGAUGGUAUCAGCAUUAGCAAGGGUGCAACAAGCAACCACCGGCCAUAAAUAAAUCCAGCAACAAUAAAUGGAAAUAGUAACCAAAAAAAAAUAAUAAUAAUAAAAAUGUGGAAUCUGUCCGGCUGAAAUUAACUAAUCAGUAGGGAAAAUUUACAGCGACCGUAUACGACUCGAGUUAGUCAAGUUGAGACGCGAGAUUUGAGUGAAGGCAAGGCCUUUAAGUGGAGCAUUUAAUUGACAAGUGGUAGCAGUUGGUGGACGAAUGGUUUAUAAAUGAGCCUGGCCAGUGGGAAGGUGUAAGUUGGCUGCGAAACGGAACAUGUAAUUUGGGGCUAAAGUUCAAGAGCCAUGUGCCCGAUUCAAAUGUAUGUAUCUUAAUAAAUGUACUUGAAAUACA